AUGGCAUAUGGGUACAAGAUACUAAUGAACUCACUGUACGGUAGAUUUGGUAUAAAUCCAAAAAGUACUACAACAGAGGUAUGCUCUAGGGAAAUAUAUGACUAUUUGACGCAUAAUAAGAAUUUUGUCACAGUGAACAAGCUGAGUGAUUCUUACUAUAUCGUAAGUUACAUUCGCAAUAUGGGAAAUGUUGACCCGUUAGAGUGGAAUCUUCCUAAGGUAUCGGCUGUUCAAUUAUCCGCUGCUAUUACAGCUUGUGCUCGUAUUCAUAUGUACAAAUACAUUUCUAGACCAGACUGUUACUACACUGAUACUGACUCCGCAAUUCUAGGAAGUCCUCUUCCUGAAGAAAAAAUUUCUUCCAUUGAAUUGGGUAAGUUAAAGAUUGAGCACUUUGUAAAGAAAGCUAUCUUCUUAGCACCUAAAAGUUAUAUCUUAUACACUGAAGAAGGUAGUAAUAUAAUUAAGCACAAAGGUGCAGCUAAAGAGCAUGUAGAUCCUGAAUGGUUUGAAUCACAAUACGCUGAUCUGUCUCGAACAAAGCAUGUCAAGGGGGUAUCUACCUUCAAAAUUAAUUGGCAUAACCUACACAUAACCAAAAGGGAAUACCAAGUUAAACUUGGAAUACAACUGGGUACUAAAAGGCUUCCAGUCUUUGAUAAUAACAAUAUUUGGGUAGACACACAACCUAAGGUUGUAAUAGACUUCGGUGGUCAAGAAAGCUCUAUUCUCAAAUUGAUGUUGAAGAUUCUUCAGGAACAGUAUGACAAGAUAGUGAAAGAAUAUGAGGAGAGGAUUGACAAGAAAGAGAAAGAAUACGAGGAGAGGAUUGCUAGUAUACGGAAAGAAUAUGAUAAAAAGCGUGAAGAGAUGAUAUUGAGGUUUGCUAAGCUUCCUGAGGAACCAGUGAUGAGCCCUCUUACUGAAUCCCCAACAGGAUUAGAGCAACCUAUAGGGACGAAGAAACCAAAGAAGCAGAAGAAAGGGACGAAGAAGCAGAAGAAAGGGACGAAGAAGCAGAAGAAAGGGACAAAGAAACCGAAGAAACCGAAGAAAGGGACGAAGAAGCCGAAGAAAGGGACGAAGAAGCCGAAGGGGCCGAAUGACACUAGCUAA